AUGGCGUUUGUUUAUGAUCGGCAGUCGUUGGCAAGUGCCGAAAAUAACGAUGAUAACUGCGACACGAUUGAUUACACAAACCUAGGUCCAAGAUUUAAAAAACAUCUGGAAUAUGCUUAUUUGAGAGCAUGUGGUGCAGACAGGAAAAAAUGUGCAGAUGCCUUAAAAGCUGUGGGAAAAGCAGAAGAAAGGAUACAGAAAAGACCCCACACUGCUAUGCCAGUAUUAGAAAAUGAUAUUGGUUCUGAUGGGUUCAAAUCACCCUAUGCAACAACAUAUAAAAAACAAUAUCCUUAUAAACAACACCAAGUUACCAUAGCAACUAGACCAAUGACCACAGGAACAUCUUUUGCACCACAUAAACCUAUGAACCACAAUACACAUUAUGAUGAGGAAUAUGCUCGAAAGAAUCCAAAUCCAAAUCAUUACUAUAGAACUGGUACAGCUUCUGGUAACAGAAGCAACAAACCACAUCCAUCUAAGCAAUUUCUGACAUGGAGAUUCCCCACCAAUCUGAAACCUCCACAACGAGACAUGGCUAGAGAACAUGUCACUGAUGCUAAAUUAAAUGAUAUUCAUAGAAGAUUAUGUCGUUCUACGUAUCAGUCAGAUUAUCUUGGUAUGCCACAAGGUUAUGAAAUAGUACAGAAUGAUUUAACGAAUUCAUCACUAAUGGUAAAACCCCCACAUACACUAGAUACAUUCCAAAGAUCAACCUAUCAACAGCCAUUACAACAGGAAAUAUUAAAACUCUCUACAUCUAGAUAUGGUACUAAUGGUCGUAAACACAUUCCAGUUUAUGGAACAAUUCCAUUAACUAACGGGAAUAGAUUGUUAUGUGAGAAGAGAACAACAUAUGAUAGACAUUACAACCACAAUACAGGUUCACCUUAUAAUGUUAAUAAUUUAACUGAUAAUUUGGAUAGCUGUGGUAUAUUUGAUGAGAAUAAUCUAGAAACAGUUCCACCAAGGUUGCUGACAAGUGGUUUAAGAAAAUCAAGAUCCAUAGUUCCUGAUGCCACUCCAUUUACUAGUUUUACACCCCAACCAGUGAUACAAUAUCAUUCUGUGAUUGGAUCUAAUAUAAGAUAUCAUUCUGAGAUUGGAGCUAAUAUAAGAUAUCAUUCUGAGGUUGGAGCUAAUAUAAGAUAUCAUUCUGAGAUUGGAGCUAAUAUAAGAUAUCAUUCUGAGGGUGGAGCUAAUAUAAGAUAUAAUUCUGAGGGUGGAGCUAAUAUAAGAUAUCAUUCUGAGGUUGGAGCUAAUAUAAGAUAUCAUUCUGAGGGUGGAGCUAAUAUAAGAUAUCAUUCUGAGGGUGGAGCUAAUAUAAGAUAUCAUUCUGAAGUUCGAGCUUGUUUAAGAUAUUCUGAAGUUCGAGCUUGUUUAAGAUAUUCUGAAGUUCGAGCUUGUUUAAGAUAUUCUGAAGUUCGAGCUUGUCUAAGAUAUUCUGAAGUUCGAGCUUGUUUAAGGUAUCAUUCUGAAGCUAGUCUUAAGAUAUUGGAGCCACGUUGGAUCAGUGAUUUCGACGCUAGCUGA